AAAAAAGAAAAAAGACCAAACAACAAAAUUACAAUUUUAAAAAGAUGCUCUCUUGGGAAGAAAACGGUUUAUCCUUGGACAAACACGGACGGCACAGUGCCGUGGCUUGAAACAAAACUACUUCCGUUCCAAGCCUAGCAGGGCGGACCUCGGAGGGGCGGGACGAUCGACCAAAAGAAAGCCUCCUCGCAAACACUUCCGCCCUUCCCUAAGAUGGCGCAGGCGGAAGGGGCCGGUCACCGCCCGCUGGCGACGUCGCGGCUGGAGUUGAACCUGGUGCGGUUGCUGUGUCGCUGCGAGUCAAUGGCAGCAGAAAAGCGGGAACCGAACGAGUGGCGUCUGGAGAAGUAUGUGGGUGCCCUGGAAGACAUGCUGCAGGCCCUGAAAAUCCAAGCAAGCAAACCCGCCUCUGAAGUCAUCGGCGAGUACUCGCGCAAGGUGGACUUUCUGAAGGGCAUGCUGCAGGCUGAGAAGCUGACCUCCUCCUCUGAGAAGGCUCUAGCUAACCAGUUCCUGGCCCCUGGCCGAGUGCCCACCACAGCCAGGGAACGGGUGCCCGCCACCAAGACCGUACAUUUGCAGUCCCGGGCACGUUACACCAGUGAGAUGCGGAGUGAGCUGCUGGGCACGGAAUCAUCUGGAGAGCUUGAGGUGGACAUGAGGAAGCGCAUCAGAGCAAAGGGGCCCAGACCUGCAGAUGAGAAGCAUUCAGCGUCCGAGCUUGACCUCGUCCUCCAGAGGCACCAGGGCCUCCAGGAAAAGCUGGCGGAGGAGAUGCUAGGCCUGGCACGCAGCCUCAAGACCAACACACUAGCCGCCCAGAGUGUCAUCAAGAAGGACAACCAGACCCUGUCACACUCUCUCAAGAUGGCCGACCAGAACCUGGAGAAGCUGAAGAUGGAAUCAGAGCGGUUGGAGCAGCAUGCGCAGAAGUCGGUGAACUGGCUGCUGUGGGCCAUGCUCAUCGUCGUAUGCUUCGUAUUCAUCAGCAUGAUCUUGUUUAUCCGAAUCAUGCCCAGGCUGAAAUAAAGCCCUCUGCCAGCUUA